UCCGUGACGUCACGGGUGUGUUUUGUGAAGUUCCAGGAGCCAGAAUCUGUUGGCGUGUCCCAACAUCUGACAAACACUCUUUUUGUGGACCGAGCACUGAUCGUGGUCCCGUUUGCUGACGUUGUUUUUCCUGGCUCAGCCAGUCCCGUAGACUGAAAAGGUCCUGCAGAAAAUACCACCCAACUUUAUUUGUCUCCUGCAGCCAUUUUCUCUCUCUCUCUCUCUCCAGUGUGCUCUUUUUUGUUUACAUGUUGUCAUGUGUGUGUCCACAAUGUCUGUCUGUUAGAGUAAGUGGAAAUGUAAAGGGGGCAGUGUAUUAACUUUAACGCCACUGUUCACUGGUGGUAAGCAGCAACAUAUUUUCGAUUUGGGGGAUUUGUUCAUGCUCACUUAAGUCACAAAACUGAAGAGGAAGUUGACCUUUUAGCCCCAAAUCAUACAUUUAAAUAAUCAAAUGUCAUUUGGGAAAAGCUAAACCAGAACCUAGACCUACAUUCAUUUGGGGUGACAAGAGAUUCCUCUCAUUAUGUAAAACUUGUGUUCAAUGAAUCUUAUAAAACCUGGAAACAAUGAAUCUUGUCUUAAAGCAGCAACUAGUAGAUUUAGGGUGUGUCACUUGUUUUCCCACUAACCACAUUUUGUUUUAUUUUAGAUGAUAUUUUUUGAAAAAUAUAAUUAACAUAAGAAACAUGCAAGCACUUAAAUAAGCUGCAGUGAAAUGACAAUAUAUAUUAGAGCUGCAGCCUGACUUAAUGGGACUGCACUGAUUGACAGGUAAGGAUGUUACUGCAGGGUCAUGUGGAUUAUCUGACUGUCAUGUUUUUCUUGUUUCAUUUCAGCAAAAAGACAUUGUGUAGACUUCUUGGCAAACACCCUAAAAUUCUCUCUUGUUUGUAUCUCCGAUUUUUCUCUGUGUGUGCUUUUUAGUAGCGAAGCCGCCGUGAGUGAGUCGCUUGUUUCAGUAAACGUCUAAAUGAAACUCACAGCCAAUUGGAGAAGAGCUGGGCUUGCUCACGUUUGGUUCAUGACUUAGCAAACACGUUCAGGUGAUACAUUCUUGGCAGUGUUCAUUGGACUAGUGUGAUGUAUGCCAGCUUUAGUUGUGUCACUGCAAACAUGAUUUGUUGAAUUCAGGCAAAGUCUGUACACCUAGAAGGUAACAACACCCCACUUUGAAGUCACUUUUAUUGAAGACGUUGCUUGGACAUGCUGACACACAAAAAAAGGUGGUGCUCCCGUACUAAUGCUGGUUUGUGUUCCCGUGCAGGCGUCAUCCCAGAUGAGGCCAAAGCUUUGUCGCCGCUGCUAGUGCCGGCAAACAGCGUUGCGGGGCUCCUACCCGGAGGAGGACUUCUACCCACGCCCAACCCCCUUCCUAAUCAAGCUAUGGGAGGAAACCCGUUUGCUGGUCUGAACAUGGAUGCGAUGGCAGCGUUUGGAUUCCCUGGACCCAACAUGAAUCCUCAGGCUGCUGAUCAACUGCUGAAGCUCAUGACGGAUCCUCAACUCAACCCUCUGGCAGCAGGCCUGAACCUCAGCGCCGGUCUCAAAGCCGACGCUGCCAACAAGGAAAUGGAGGAAGCCAUGAAGAGAGUCAGAGAGGCGCAGUCGCUCAUAUCUGCCGCUAUAGAACCAGGAAAUGAGAGCAGGAAGAAGCGAUCUCGCUCCAGGUCAAGGAGGAGGAGGUCUAGAUCCAGGUCCAGACGCAGGCGAAGCGGCAGCAGGUCGAGACGACGCUCCAUUUCCAGAAACAGGCGGCGCUCCAAAAGCCCACGCAGAAGGCGGAGCCGCUCCCGAGACCGAAGCCGGCGCUCCAGAAGCAGAUCCAGAGAUCGUAAGAAGGAGGACGUUGGAAGGAGGAGGUCGAAAACUCCGCCUAAGAGUUACAGCACCACUCGCAGGUCUCGCAGUGUGAGCCGGAGACGCAGGAGAAGUCGCAGCGGCAGCCGAUCUCCUAAGAAGUCUCCCAAAAGGAGGAGCUCCAGGUCGCCGUCGCCUCGCAGGCACAAGAAGGACAAGAAGAGAGACCGGGAGAGGGAACGACGCAGCGAAAAAGAACGAGGACGAGAAGAACGAGAACGUUCAACCAGCAAGAAGAAGAGAAGCAGAGACAAAGAGCGAGAGAGGAAGUCAGACGUGGGAGACAAAGGAGACAUAAAGAUUACCAGGGAUUACGAUGAAGAAGAGCAAGGCUACGACAGUGAGAAGGAGCGCCAAGAAAGGAAGGAUUCCGACUACGCAUUGUCACCUAAUUUUGCAGACGACAACGGUGACUCGCAGCAGGCCAACGGCGAUGACGAUGACACUCAUGAGGACGACAUGGAUGUGAGCGACUGAGCAACUUGUCCUCCCUGAUCAGCGCCAGGCUAUUUCCAUCCAAACAAAAUGAACGUUUAAUCAAAAAUGUGAAUUCAUGUGAUUUAAAGUUUUGUCUGGUACUCUCUCCUGUGGUGAAUUGCUACUUUACACACGUCACAUUAAGGCCACACCCCCCUCCCAUCAUGGAUACGUUGUCCCUCUUAUAUCCAAGUGUGAAACUGGAGCUUACGUUUGUCGCUUUAUUCAGUCACCUCACCUUGUUUCCUUUUCGUAGGGUUUUGUAAUUGUUGCUUUUUGGAACAGUUGUCAUUUAGCUCCUUGUUAUUAGGAAAGCUUUGUUUUAUUAGUUUGUUUUUUUUAUAUAUAUAAUAAAACCAAUUUGGUGAA